AUGAGCUUAACAUCGGCAGCGUACGUUGCUCGGCGCGCGGCGCAGAGGGAGAAGGUUCGGACUCUAUACCGCCGCGCCCUUAAAGACACUCUCAACUGGGCCGUACAUCGCCACCUAUUUUACGACGACGCUGCGAACCUCCGCGAUCGGUUCGAGCAAAACAAGCACGUGGAAGAUCCUGAUACCAUUGAUAGGUUAAUAGUGGAUGCUGAAGCUAGCUACAACAAAUGGCGCCAUCCUGAUCCUUAUAUUGUUCCAUGGGCACCUGGUGGUUCCAAGUUUACUCGCAACCCACCUCCACCUGAAGGGAUUGAGAUAAUUUAUGAUUAUGGCCGUGAAGACAACAACUGA